UCUCUCUCUCUCUCUCUCUCUCUCUCUCUCUCUCUCUCCAUAGGACAAGACCAGUGCAACUCCAGAACAAGAUUUUCACCACCCUUGGACUUCACGUACGUAAGAGGAGCGUAACCUGCAGCACGGGGGGAGGGAGGCGGGGCAUUCGGGUCAGGAUGAAGAUACAGUGCGACGUCUGCGAGAGAGCGGCGGCGGCGGUGCUGUGCUUCGCGGACGAAGCCGCCCUCUGCAGGAGCUGCGACGAGAAGGUGCACGCCGCCAACAAGGUCGCGGGGAAGCACCGCCGAGUUCUGCUGCUCCCGAGGGGCUCCUCCUCCCCUUCCCCGCAUCCUUCCUCGACCUCGGCUGACAACAUCCCCGCCUGCGAUGUCUGCAAGGAGAAAGCUGGGUUUUUCUUCUGCUUGGAGGACCGGGCGUUGCUGUGCCGGCAGUGCGACGCGACGACGCACGCAGCCAAGCCCUGUGGAUCGUCGCACCAGCGGUUCCUCAUCACCGGCGUGAGAGUCGACGAUGUCAUCGACAGCAGCAGCAGCAGUGGUGGUAGAUGCAAAGCCAACAGCAGCGGCGGUAGCGGAAUCCAAAGUCCUUCGGGCUCUCUGGCGUCGACGCCGACAGCGGCUGUGGGUGAGAGGCUUCCGGGAGAUCCGAUGGGCCAUGAUGGGUGGUCUUGGAGUGAGCUCUUGGAUGGUGUCGAGCUCGAACGCUGGUAUGGGAUACCAGACCCUGGCUCAUCCUCCAGUUGACCUGCAAAAACUCUCCUAUUCAUUGUUUUUGCUCUAAGCAUUUUCUGUGCACAACCUGAUCUCGAUGGACAUGAAGAACACAACACCUGUUUCUUCUCUUGUGGCAUGAGGUGUUCAAAGAAUCCAGAGAGAAAGAACAGCCAAAUUAACUCACAACCAUGACGUUUCUUUGGUAGCUUUGAUGUGCAUGCCAUAUGCCACGGAAGAUCAUAGGAGAAACAAAAUAGUCUUAUGAAGCAUAAAUCUGUUUGCAUAACUUUCACAACACAAAAAUUGUCUUGUGAAUUUUGUUCCUAAUGCCAACUCAAGGAGAUGGUCAACCUUAGAAGAUCUCAAAAGUCAACAUUAUGGGAGCAAGUUAAUCAUCUCAGAUAGUACGUACAUAUCACAAGGUUCCAAAAACCAUGCAAGAAAAAGACCAAUUUGCUCCGCGACUUAUUUCUUCGGAGUACACCAUAAACUGCAAGAGUAUGACCAUCUUGUAAGUGAAGCAGCUGCCUUUCAGGAAAGAAACAGGAUAAACGUCAAAUACGUCGAGCAUUUAC